CGGGGCCGCUCGCGCAUGGGCAGGAGGCCUCGGCUCCAACUGUCCCCAGUCGCCACAACGGCCGCCGCCACCGUUAGCCCUCGGAGAGCUGUUGCCUGCGUGCCACCACCAUGUCUAAAGGAGACGCUUCCCUGGCUGGAGGCAAAGAGAAAGGCGAGGAGCUGGUCGGAAGCCUGGGCUGGCGGUACCUGGUGAAGCAGGGGGAGGAGGAGGAGGCAGAGGCGCUGAAGAAGGAGGAGGAAGAGGAGGAGGAGGAGGAGGAGGACUGUUGCUCGGACGACCUGAGCCCCGAGGCCCCGGGCAUGCACCCGGACCUCCUGGAGCUGGCGGUGGACCGAGAGAAGUGCCGCAGCAUCCGCAGGCAGUACCGGCAGCUCAUCUACAAUGUGCAGCAGAACCGGGAGGACAUCGUGAACACGGCCAGCGACUCGCUGACCGAGGCCCUGGAGGAAGCCAACGUGCUGUUCGAUGGAGUGAGCCGAACCAGAGAGGCAGCCCUCGACGCCCAGUUCCUGGUUUUGGCCUCGGAUCUGGGUAAAGAAAAAGCAAAGCAGUUGAAUUCUGAUAUGAGCUUUUUUAAUCACGUUGCGUUCUGUGACUUGCUGCUGGUGUUUGUGGGCCUGAAUUGGGUGGAAGACCAGUGUGAAGAGCUCAGCGACUGCGAUGACAGCAUGGCGCUUUCCUUCUGGGGGAUGGUGCAGAAGGAAGCGACGACCUGGAUGCUGCGAGCUGAGACGUUCCACUUCAUUUUUGGUUCGUUCAAGGCAGAGCGUCGUGCACGAAAGCCCCGGCUUGAACAUCACAAAAGGGCUUGCAAAAUGGAAGGAAAUGGAGAUAUGCCUACGAAGUUGAGGAAGCUGGACGCGCAUGCCAAUCAGGAGACGACAGAAAAAGAAGUAGAAAGAAUCUUGGGAUUGCUGCAGACCUACUUUCAAAAGUACCCCGAUACUCCAGUGUCGUAUUUUGAGUUUGUGAUUGAUCCAAACUCAUUCUCUCGCACUGUGGAGAAUAUCUUCUAUGUUUCUUUCAUUAUAAGGGAUGGCUUUGCGAGAAUAAGACUUGACCAAGACAGACUGCCGAUAUUAGAGCCGACUAAUGUUAACCAGGCGGAUGAAGAAAGUGAUUCCUGUUCCUACGGCAGGAAGCAAGGAGUUAUAUCUUUGAGUUUACAGGACUGGAAAAAUAUUGUCUCCACUUUUGAAAUUUCAGAGGCUAUGAUCAAAAACUCAUACUAAAGGUUUUGUUUGUAGUGUAUGACUCCGUCUUGUACUAGCAUCUCAAAAUAGAUUCUAAACAGAAGCACAUGUUCUAGUAAACUAUUUUCCAGAACAAAUGAAA